AUGGUUCGAGAGACAAUGAAAACCGAUACACCUCCCGAAGACGUUCCUGGAAAGGAUAAGACGAAAACGAAAGAAGGCAAAAAUACCAAAACAGAUGAAGAAAAGGAUAAAAAGGACGAGGUCGAAGAAUUGUCAGAAGAAGACCUCCAGCUGAAAAACGAAUUGGAGAUGUUGGUUGAAAGGUUGAAGGAAGAAAAUGUCGACCUUCACAAACCAGCUUUAGAAAGCCUCCGCACCUUGAUCCGAACGUCCACCAGUUCCAUGACCUCCGUCCCGAAACCGUUAAAGUUCCUAAGGCCGCAUUACGCCGUCAUGACCGAGGUUUAUGAGAAUUGGCCAUCAUCCGAUAACAAGCUGUUCCUGGCAGACAUUCUAUCCGUCCUGGCGAUGACUUACGACGAGGGGAAGCGGGAUUCCUUGAAGUUCAGACUUAAGGGAUCACGUGAGGAUCCUGGUUCUUGGGGGCAUGAAUAUGUCAGGCAUCUUUCAACCGAAAUUGGACAGGAGUAUGCUUCUCGCCAAGAAAACGAGAUGAAUUCCGAUGAUCUUAUGGCACUCGGAUUGGAGAUUGUACCGUUCUUUUUGAAACAUAACGCUGAAGCGGAUGCUGUUGAUUUGUUACUCGAGUUAGAGGCAAUUGACAAACUACCACAAUUCGUGGAUAAGGACACUUACGCGCGCGUUUGCUUGUACAUGGUCAGUUGUGUAAAUUUAUUGGCGCCUCCGGAUGACAUUGCUUUCUUGCGUACGGCACACGAGAUUUAUCGACUACAAGACAAAUUUACCGAAGCUGUGACAUUAGCCAUACGCCUUGGGGAUCACGAUUUAAUAAGAGAUGACUUUAAUGCGGCUGGCGAGCUUGAUCCGCUCUUGCAAAAACAACUUGCUUUUCUAUUGGCACGACAACAAAUAUCACUGCCAAUCGAAGAUGAAGAAAUUCAGGAAAUAUUGAACAACACCAAUCUGACAAAGCAUUUCAUCGCUCUUGCCAAAGAAUUAGACGUUCUUGAACCAAAAAUUCCCGAAGAUAUUUACAAGAGCCAUUUGGAAAACAUUCGACCCGGUUUCACAAGCGGCAGCAUUGAUUCUUCGCGUCAAAAUCUUGCAUCCACGUUUGUGAAUGCAUUUGUCAACGCCGGAUUCAUAAAUGACAAGUUAAUAUCGGUCAAAGAAGGGAAUGAGUGGAUUUACAAGAACAAGGAUCACGGAAUGUUGAGCGCUGCCGCAUCGAUCGGCAUGAUCAUGUUGUGGGACUUGGAUAGUCUUUCACAUCCCGACAAGUACCUAUAUUCCGAUGAUGAUAACAUUAAGGCUGGUGCUCUUCUUGCUCUCGGGCUUAUGAAUACGGGAGUUCGAAAUGAAGACGACCCGGCUUUCGUAUUACUUUCCGAGCACAUUGAAAAAUUGACGAGUCCCAUCACAAGAAUUAGCGCCAUAGUUGGCUUGGGCUUGGCGUAUGCCGGAUCAAAUCGGAUGGACAUUCAAGAAUUACUACUUCCACUUGUGAGUGAUAUCGAAUUGAAUAUGGAUGUAGCCUCGCUCGCUGCGCUGUCUCUGGGGAUGAUUUUCGUCGGAAGUUGCAACGGAGAUAUCACGAGUACAAUAUUACAGACCAUGAUGGAACGGAGCGAUAUCCAGUUGAAGGAGACAUGGGGUCGAUUCAUGGGAUUGGGCUUGGCACUUCUUUAUCUUGGAAAGCAGGAUGAUGCUGAGGCAACCUUGGAAACCUUAAAAGCCAUUGAACAUCCCAUCAGCAAACAAGUCGGGGUUUUGGUAGAAAUUUGCUCGUAUGCAGGAACCGGAAACGUGCUCAAAAUACAGAAUAUGCUACACAUUUGCAACGAUCACUUCGACAAGGAGAAAGAGGAUGACCUCCACCAAGCGUUUGCCGUUUUGGGAGUUGCUUUGAUAGCCACAGGCGAGGAUAUCGGUGCCGAAAUGUCGUUAAGAACGUUUAACCAUUUGAUGCAUUAUGGUGAGCCUGUCAUUCGUCAAGCCGUCCCUUUGGCGUUAGGUCUGCUUUGCGCCUCCAACCCAAUCCUCACCGUAUUGGAAACACUCAGCAAGUACUCUCAUGAUAAUGAUCCGGAUGUUGCCAUUAACGCGAUAUUUGCAAUGGGCCUUGUCGGGGCGGGGACCAAUAACGCAAGGAUGGCUCAACUGUUGAGGCAGCUGGCUUCGUAUUAUCACAAAGAGCCUAAUUGCUUGUUCAUGGUUCGAAUUGCGCAGGGAUUGUUGCACAUGGGCAAGGGUACGAUAUCAAUAAAUCCGUUCCAUUCGGAUCGACAAUUGAUGUCACCGGUCGCGAUGGCUGGACUGUUGACUACCCUCGUCGCGUUUACCGAUACCAAGACACUCAUACUGGGAAAAUACCAUUGGUUCUUGUAUUAUCUGACCGCUGCGAUGUAUCCCAGAUUUUUAAUUACCCUCGACGAAAAUCUUAAAAGUCUACCUGUUACUGUUCGCGUGGGUCAGGCGGUCGAUGUUGUGGGACAGGCAGGACGACCCAAAACAAUUACAGGUUUUCAGACGCAUUCAACGCCGGUGUUGUUGGCACACUCCGAGCGUGCAGAAUUGGCUACGGAAGAAUAUUUGCUCGUAAAUUUUGACACGACAAAAUUACUCGUCAUGAGGGAAUUACCACAGAAGGAAUCCGCUCUCUUUAAACAGAUUCUUAAACAUUAUGAAUUCAAACAAUAUAAGAAAGGAUUAAAAGCCGCUGAGCAGAUACUCAAAAAAUUCCCCGACCAUGGUGGUACUUAUUUUGCUGUGACAGACUUUAAUGUUGUACUUUAUAAGACGUUGGCAAUGAAGGGAUUAUUUCUUAAUCAUAUGGAAAAGAAAGAAGAGGCCCGCGAAUUCGUACGCACGGGUCUUCGAUUCGAUUUGAAUAGUCACAUUUGCUGGCAUGUGUAUGGAUUGUUACAUCGUUCGGACAAAAACUACGGGGAGGCCUUAAAAUGUUAUACUAAUGCGCUGAAGAUCGACAAGGAUAAUAUGCAAAUCCUUCAAGAUUACUCCCUUCUCCAAAUCCAAAUGCGAAAUUUCGAAGCUUUCAACGUAAGCCGAAGUUUAUUUUAUCUUGAUCUACAUAAUGAAUCAACGUUUCUGAAAUCAGAACACUCUCGAAAAUUCAAGGAAUCGCGUCAUCGUCUUUUACAAUUGAAGUCGAAUCAUCAGAGAUACUGGAUAGGACUUGCAAUCUCCUAUCACCUACUUAAAAAUUAUGAGAUAGCCGAAGAAGUUCUGAAAGCGUAUGAAGGAACCUUGAAGGAAAAACCCGGACCCAUGAAUUUUGAGCACAGUGAGUUGCUACUAUAUCACAAUCUCAUCAUAGAAGAAAGUGGUAAUAUUCAGGCAGCACUUGAUCACCUGGAGUCCAUCAAGGACAGCAUUUGUGACCGUCGAUCUUGGAAAGAAAAGAGGGCUCAGUUUCUAUUGAAACUCGACAGACUCAAAGAAUCCGAGGAUGCUUACCAGGAAUUGAUUGAGAAUAAUCCUGAUUGUUAUAGUUAUUACGAGGGUUUGCAGUUGGCAAAGGGGAUCAAAACUCAUGAUUUGACUUCUGAACAAGAGGAAAAGAUUGUUACCAUGUAUAAAGAACUGGCCCAAAAGUAUCCCAAGUCGAAUGCGAUCAAGUGCUUCCCGUUGCGGCACACAACCGGGGAUAGUUUCCGGAUCGCGGUUGACGAUUACAUGCGCGCAUCGCUCAGAAAAGGGGUUCCCUCGCUAUUUGUUAAUCUUAAAAAGCUCUACGAGGACCCCAAGAAAGAGAUCAUCAUCGAACAAUUGGUUGAGGGCUACCGUCAGUGCCUAAAAAAACAUGGCACCUUCACCCAGAGCGAAAGUACCGACGACGUAAAGGAGCCACCCACCGCCUACCUGUGGACACUUUACCUGCUCUCCCAGCACUACGAUUACAAGCGUGACACCGUCAAGGCCCUCGAGUUAAUCAAUGAAGCAAUUGAGCACACGCCAACGUUAGUAGAAUUGUACAUGACUAAGGGCCGAAUUUUAAAGCACGGUGGAGAUCUUUCAGAAGCCAUGAAAGUGAUGAACGAAGCCCGUGAAUUAGAUCUUCAAGACAGAUUUAUUAACUCGAAAUGUUCAAAGUACAUGCUUCGAAACGACAAGGAUGUUGAGGCUGAGAAAACGAUCGGAUUGUUUACCAGGGGCGACGCCCCUGACCCUAUAACAGACCUCGUGGACAUGCAAUGCAUGUGGUUUUCCCUAGAGGAAGCGGAUUGCUAUGUUAGGCAAAGCCGAUUGGGCAAAGCCCUUAAACGUUUUCAUCAGAUCGAAAAGCAUUUUUCGGACAUAACCGAUGAUCAGUUUGAUUUUCAUACAUAUUGCUUGCGCAAGGUUACGCUCCGAGCAUAUUUGAGUAUGUUGCGACUGGAAGAUCAAUUGCGCUCGCAUCCGUAUUACUUCCGAGCCGCGCAGGAAGCCAUCAAGAUAUAUGUUAAAUUAUACGACAACCCUGACACAGCCGUUCUUGGUGGCGAGGAGCAAGAUUUCGAAAAUAUGACCGAGGGAGAAAAAAAGAAGGCACGAAAUAAGGCACGGAAAGAGGCACUAAAGAAGCAGAAGGAGGAGGAUGGAAGGAAAGAAAAGGCUAAAGACGAUCCGAUCAAAAAGAAGAUUGAAAAAUUGCAAGAUGAUGAUCCUAAUGGUGAAAAACUUCUCAAGACGGAUGAUCCCUUAGGCGAAGCCUUCAAAUUUUUGCAGCCGUUACAAGAGCUAUCACCGAAAAGGAUCGAAACACAUCUGUUGGGAUUCGAAAUUUACUUCCGAAAGAAGAAAUACUUGCUUGCGCUUCGAAGCCUCUUGCAAGCGCACAAAAUUGAUAAAGAAAAUGAGACACUGCACAACAACGUCAUAAGAUUCAAACUGGAAGUGGCAUCAAACAGAGAACUUCACCAAACGAUAACUCAAGUUGUCACCGAAGAACUUGCAGUAUUGGUGCCCGGAGAUAAACCAUUGAUUAAAUUCAACGAAGAAUUUAUAGAAAGAAACAAGGGUUCUAUACCGCAUCUUUUAGUUGGCGUCAAAUCACUGCAUCUGAUAGAUUCCGAAAAGAAACAAGAUGCCACCAACCUUUUGUUAAGAGUGUGCGACGAUGAAUACAAAAAAACAAGAACGUUGCAAAAUUGUAUCUCCGUAUGCGAAACACUCAAAUUUUUUGAGUCUCCUAACACUAAUGAAUUAAUGGAUAAGUGUAGAGAAUGGUUCCCGAUAUCGACAUAUUUCCGUAAGGCGGAAUGA